AUGAUAAUGUUAGCGGCAGAUGUGUUUUCGUUCAGCGCUGUGUGCUCGCGUCGUUGUGGCCGUGUUCCGCUUCAGAUCUACUCGAAUCGAAUUCCUACUUUAGAGAUGCUGAUUCUGAAUGCGCCGUUCAUCGUCACGAAUCUGAUACAGCAGUGGUAUAAACAAGAACCGGAUCCUCCUGGUUAUCGCGUACGCGUCGUCACAGUCAAAGGAAUGUCUCUUGGAAAGCUUUCCAUUGAUAAGGUUGAUGUGAAGGGAAAGCGGGUGUUGAUUCGAGUAGAUUUCAAUGUACCUCAAAAAGAUGGUAAAAUCACCAACAAUCAGCGUAUUGUCGCGGCAUUGCCAACAAUUAAGUAUUGCUUGGACCAUGAUUGCAAAUCAGUCGUUCUAAUGUCGCAUCUUGGACGACCCGAUGGUAAGAAGAAUCCGAAGUUCACCUUGGCUCCUGUUGCUGAGGAACUCAAGAAGGUCCUUGGAAAAGAUGUGAAAUUCCUAACAGAUUGUGUUGGUCCAGAAGUAGAGGCAGCUUGUGCUGAUCCGGCUCCAGGAUCUGUUAUCCUUCUGGAAAAUUUGCGUUUCUAUAUUGAGGAAGAAGGCAAAUGCACAAACGAAAAGGGCGAAAAGCUCAAAGCGUCUCCUGAAGCCGUCGAGAAAUUCCGAGCAUCGUUGACGAAACUCGGCGAUAUUUACGUAAAUGAUGCAUUUGGUACCGCCCACAGGGCACACAGCUCAAUGGUGGGUGUGAAGCUGGACACACGUGCUUGCGGUUUCUUGAUGAAGAACGAGUUGGUUUACUUUGGAAAGGCUCUCUCUGACCCAGCAAGACCGUUUUUAGCGAUUCUGGGUGGUGCGAAAGUAGCCGACAAGAUUCAGCUUAUCAAGAAUAUGUUAGAUAAGGUGAACGAGAUGAUUAUUGGUGGUGGCAUGGCGUUCACAUUCCUCAAAGUUGAUCAGAAUGUGGAGAUAGGAAAAUCAUUGUUUGAUGAAGAGGGUGCGAAGAUCGUGAAAGACUUGUUGGCCAAAGCUAAGGAAAAGAACGUCCAAAUCCAUCUACCCGUAGACUUCGUGUGCGGUGACAAGUUUGCAGAAGACGCUACGGCUAAGACUGUCACUCUCGCUGAAGGAGUUCCUGCUGGUCACAUGGGUCUGGACAUUGGUCCAAAGUCCGAGGAGUUAUUCGCGGCAGCCGUCGCCAGAGCGAAGACCGUAGUCUGGAACGGUCCUCCUGGCGUGUUUGAGUUCGAGAAGUUCUCCCAUGGUACUAAGGCUCUCAUGGAUGCUGUCGUUAAAGCUACUGCAAAUGGCGCCAUCACAAUCAUUGGUGGUGGUGAUACCGCGACUUGCUGCAAGAAGUUCAAAACCGAGGACAAAGUCAGCCAUGUGUCAACGGGAGGAGGUGCCAGUCUUGAACUUCUUGAAGGGAAGGUUUUGCCUGGAGUUGAAGCACUCUCUCCAGCUCCCUAA